GCACAGCCUCCCGCCCGCGAGACAGCUCCAUCCCCGCCGCCAGCCGAGGCUCGGAGCCUUCCAGCAACCGGCCAGCGGCCUCAGGCCCUGCCAUGGGGAAGACCAAUAGCAAGCUGGCCCCCGAGGUGCUGGAGGACCUGGUUCAGAACACGGAGUUCAGCGAACAGGAGCUGAAGCAGUGGUAUAAGGGCUUCCUGAAGGACUGCCCCAGCGGCAUCCUCAACCUUGAGGAGUUCCAACAGCUGUACAUCAAGUUCUUCCCCUACGGCGAUGCCUCCAAGUUUGCCCAGCAUGCCUUCCGCACCUUCGACAAGAAUGGAGAUGGCACCAUCGACUUCCGGGAGUUCAUCUGCGCCCUGUCUGUCACCUCUCGUGGCAGCUUCGAGCAGAAGCUCAACUGGGCCUUUGAGAUGUAUGACCUGGAUGGGGAUGGGCGCAUCACGCGCCUGGAGAUGUUGGAGAUCAUCGAGGCUAUCUACAAGAUGGUGGGUACCGUGAUCAUGAUGCGCAUGAACCAGGAUGGGCUCACACCCCAGCAGCGUGUGGACAAGAUCUUUAAGAAGAUGGACCAGGACAAGGAUGACCAGAUUACACUGGAGGAAUUCAAGGAGGCAGCCAAAAGUGACCCGUCCAUUGUAUUGCUGCUGCAGUGUGAUAUGCAGAAGUAGAAGCUGGUGAGGGGCAGGGCCCCUGGCCAGGGGGGCCACACCACUUCCCAACCUGAGGCCCUCUCUGGUUGGCCUUUCCCCAGAGGGAGGGGCACUCCAGCCUCACUCUCUAGCCUACCCCCUUCUCUGCCUUCCUCCCUACAGUCAAGUUCCUCGAGGGACUUUCUCAACCCAUAGAAGAGACAGGUCCUCAGUAGCCUGUCAUCUCGCCCUACCCCUCAGUCUUGACCUCCAAACCAACACCUACUGGGCAUAGGGGAGUUGGCUUUUGCCCCAAGAAGCAGGGUUAAGGAGGAAGGCUAGGGUCUAGGUUGGAAAUGCUCUUGAUCAUGUUUCUGUGGUUCCAAAGAGCCAAAUUGGCUCUGUCCUCUCCUAAGGACUCAGAUCUCUUCAAGGUGGUCGGUGCCCUGCCCCUUCAACUCUACCUGGCCUCUCUGGACCCAGCCUUUGGAACAUUUACUCACUCUUUUCUUCAGCUAAGGUUUUGUGAGCACUUGUUCGAUGUCAGGCACCUUCAAGGUGCUAAGAAUAUGAUUAUUUUACAAGCCCCAUACUGUGCCCAGUGGAAGUUCAUGGGGAGGUAACAGAGCAACUUCCAGUGGGUCUCACAUAGGGAGACAGGCACAGCUGAGGAGAGGGUGUAGGCAGGUUGGCUAGUUCAGGGAGCUAUUGCUUUGUCCAGCUGAAGAAAAAUGAAAUGAAAGCACUUGGAAGGUUAGGUGUUGUGUGAGUGGAAUUUUUAGGGAAAAAAAUAGAAGUUUUAUGUAAUACUUAUUUUUUAGCACCCUUUAAAAGAGCUAACGUCAUUUUAUUAGGUUAAAAUAUUAAAAUAUUCUCUGUAUCACUUGGUUUCUUAUAUUUAAAAAAAGGAUUAAAUGCUAAUUAUCGGGGGGGGGGGGAGGAGAAGAAAAGCUGGGAUCCAAAGGGGAAAAAUAUCUCACCAGGCUUAACAGAUAUCUCCUUUUUUCUUGUCAGGCUGAGUCCUGAGCUGUCACCAUUUGCAGUUUUCGCUGCUUCUGCUGCUUCUUUCAUUCAUUAUUAUCUUCUCCAAUUCAACAAGAGAUUCUCUAUAUUGCACUUACUCAGGUCAGAUGCUUACUUCCAGAGGCACAAACAACAGGUUUGCCAAGAGUAAGACAAGCCCAAGUUCCCACAUCUUGGUAAUUUCUUUCUGUGCGUGGUUUGGUUUUAGGGAUGGGCUUAAUCUUUCACUGCUUCAGAUGCAGAAGGAGCUAGAAGAAAAGGACCACCAGGCCAGGGUCACUGUUUAGGCUUUCAGGCUGCAUUUGUUGGACCAAAUACCUAAGUAUGUACUGGGCAUGCUCCAUUUGAAAGGCUCCUUCCCCACCCCACCCCCAUCCUAGGUAUUACUUUCUAAGCAUUGCUUUCUGAUUUGGGAUCUGUGAGCUAUACAGCUGCAUGCUCUG